UAUAAUAUUAAAAUAUAUAUUACAGAAAUACCCGAUGUGAUAGACGCUCGUAAGCGGGGUAACAACACUAACUUUUUAUCUUCAUGUAGAUCGUAUCCAAGCCAAUUAAAUGGCAACUAAGGCUUAUUGACAGGACGUGAACAAGGUAUAGUGCGCAUUACUGAAACGCCUUGAGCAAAAACUUUCCCCGCCAAGCUAUGAAAUAUUCACGUUCAAGCCUGAAUCUAAAUCCAAAACGAACCUGUGAAAUUGGGUCCAACUCUGACAUAACGUACUCACCUAUAUUGCUGUAACUACAUUUGUGCUGCAAUUUUAAGCUGCAGAUGUUUGGAAUGUGGUUAAAACUGCAUCAACAAAUUAAGUUUACUGCAUUGCUAUCUUGUUACAUGGGGAUGAAGACAAAGGUUAUAUUCUUAUUUGGUAUACUGACGACAGCCAAUGUUGUAAAUUGUUUUACAAUUGCAAAUGAUGGCAUUACAACAUGCAAAAACAUGGCAAGGGAUCAUCAGGGUCAAUCAUUCGAAAUCCACUGCCCGGCGGGUUGCGAUGCGUUCACGAACAGGCUCUGGGGAACAACAGUAUACACAGACGACUCAUACAUCUGCGCAGCAGCAAUCCAUGAAGGAAAGUUGACAGUUGAUGGAGGCUAUGUAAAAGUAUGGAAAUCUGGCUCAAGGAGCGCUUACUCUAGUACCACAAAAAAUGGAAUCACCUCAAAAAGCUAUGGGUAUUGGAGAGGAUCUUUUCAUUUUACUGACUCACCAAAAGUUGAACUUGAAGAAACAGUUCUGUGCACAAAACAGGCAAAUAGCAACAAUCAAAAUCAUUUCGUUGCAACUUGUCCGAGCGGAUGCGACUCACACACCUCCAGAUUGUGGGGAACUAUAGUUUACACAGAUGAUUCUUACAUUUGUGCAGCAGCAAUUCACGCCGGAGUGAUUGAAGCUACUAAUGGGGGUGACGUUACAGUUUGGAAAUCUAAUGGAAGAAGCAGUUACUCUGGAACAUCUAGAAAUGGAAUCACUUCAAAAAGUUAUGGAAGUUGGGGUGGCUCGUUUCAAUUUACUGAUUCCAGAAACAAUCAGCAAGCAACAUCUUGCACCAUACAAGCAAAUAACUAUGAUGAAAAUCAUUUCACUGUUGUUUGUCCCAGUGGAUGUGAUUCACAUGUUUCCAGAUUAUGGGGAAGCGUAAUCUACACAGAUGAUUCUUACAUUUGUGCUGCUGCUAUUCAUGACGGUGUGAUAGAAGAAGGCAAUGCAGGAGGCAAAGUUAAUGUUUGGAAAUCCGACGGAAGAAGCAAUUACUAUGGAACAUCAAGAAAUGGAAUCACAUCAAAAAGUUAUGGAAGUUGGAGCAGUUCUUUUCAAUUCACAGAUUCCGAAAUUGUCCAACAAACCAUAUCAUGUACUACACAAGCAAAUAACUAUGAUGAAGAUCAUUUCACUGUUGUUUGUCCCAGUGGAUGUGAUUCACAUGUUUCCAGAUUAUGGGGAAGCGCAAUCUACACAGAUGAUUCUUACAUUUGUGCUGCUGCUAUUCAUGACGGUGUGAUAGAAGCUAAUGCUGGAGGCAAAGUUAAUGUCUGGAAAUCCGACGGAAGAAGCAAUUACCUCGGAACAUUAGGAAAUGGAAUUACUUCAAAAAGUUAUGGAAGUUGGAGCGGUUCUUUUCAAUUUCCAGAAACAAUAUCAUGUACCACACAAGCAAAUAACUAUGAUGAAAAACAUUUCAAUGUUGUUUGUCCCAGUGGAUGUGAUUCACAUGUUUCAAGAUUAUGGGGGAGCGUAAUCUACACAGAUGAUUCUUAUAUUUGUGCUGCUGCUAUUCACGACGGUGUAAUAGAAGCUAAUGAAGGAGGUAAGGUUAAUGUUUGGAAAUCCGACGGAAGAAGUAAUUACAUUGGAACAUCAAAAAAUGCAAUCACAUCGAAAAGUUAUGGAAGUUGGACCGGUUCUUUUCAAUUCACAGAUUCCGAAAAUGUCCAACAAACCAUAUCAUGUACCACACAAGCAAAUAACUAUGAUGAAAAUCAUUUCACUGUUGUUUGCCCCAGUGGAUGUGAUUCACAUGUUUCCAGAUUAUGGGGAAGCGCAACCUACACAGAUGAUUCUUACAUUUGUGCUGCUGCUAUUCAUGACGGUGUAAUAGAAGCUAAUUCUGGAGGCCAAGUUAAUGUCUGGAAAUCCGACGGAAGAAGCAAUUACUCUGGAACAUCAACAAAUGGUAUUACUUCAAAAAGUUACGGAAGUUGGAGCGGUUCUUUUCAGUUUACUGAACCCAAAGUUGUUCAGGUUUCAGAUACCGUCCAAUGCACCACACAAGCGAAUACUUAUAACAAAAAUCAUUUUACUGUCAUCUGCCCGGGUGGAUGUGAGUCAAACACUUUCAGAUUAUGGGGGAAUGAGAUUUACACAGAUGAUUCUUACAUCUGCGCAGCUGCUAUUCAUAAUGGUGUGAUUGAAGCUGAUGAAGGCGGUAAAGUUCAAGUUUGGAAAAUGGACGGAAGAAGCAGCUACCUAGGGACAACACGAAAUGGAGUAACUUCAAAAAGUUAUGGAGCUUGGAGCGGUUCUUUUAAAUUUAAUGAUUCAAAGUCUACAGAAAAUGAAACUCGGAAAACGAUAUCUUGUUUGGUACAAGCAAAUACCUACGAUGAAAAUCAUUUCACUGUGGUUUGCCCGAUUGGAUGUAAUUCAAAUACCGACAGAUUAUGGGGGAACGUAAUUUAUACUGACGACUCCUAUAUUUGUGCAUCUGCCAUUCAUGAUGGAAUUAUUGGAGCUGACACAGGAGGCGAAAUUGUUGUUUGGAAAUCUUCUGGUAGAAAUAGUUAUUCUGGUGCAACAAGAUUUGGCAUUAGGUCGAAAAGUUACGGAAAAUGGAGUGGAUCUUUUCAAUUCAGUAAACCUCAGAACAACGAAGAAAAUGUUGGUAAUAUUACUUGUGAAACCAAAGCAAGAUCGUUCUCAAUCCCAACUUUUACUGUGGUAUGUCCUUCUGAUUGCGCUACGAAAUCGUACAGUUUAUGGGGAACAGGAACCUAUACUGAUGAUUCCAGUAUAUGUGCCGCAGCAAUACACGAAGGCGUGUUAACAGCUGGUGAAGCUGGCCAUAGCCAAGUUUGGAAGAUAGAUGGAAUGUCAAGAUAUGUUGGUAGCACACAACAUGGAAUUACGUCUCAAAACUAUGGAGAAUGGUCAGGGUCAUUUAUGUUUGAAGACCCGGCUUUGGUACAGAUGAAAGAUAACAAACAAGAUACCAUUGUUGAAGACGAACCUUGAGAAGGCAAACGUGACUUCUGUCAUUACUGCUCAGUAUAAUUUUGAUUUUAUUUGUCAUUUGUAAAUAAAACACGCAAAGAAGGAAA